GACGUCUCAAAAUCCAAACCAAACCCAAAUUCUCUCCCUCGCUCUCCCCGCCCCUCUCUCUCUCUAUAAAAUCUUAAUCCAAUUAUUCUUCGAAAAGGGAUCGAGAGAGAGAGAGAGACGAUGAGCACGUGCGGUGCACGAACGAGAGUGGGGAAGUACGAGCUAGGGCGAACUCUGGGCGAGGGGAGCUUCGCGAAGGUGAAGUUCGCGCGCGAUUCGAGGACCGGCGACGGCGUCGCCAUCAAGAUUCUUGACAAGAGUCAAGUCCUCAAGCAUAAGAUGGUCGAGCAGAUAAAAAGAGAAAUUUCCACCAUGAAGCUGAUCAAGCAUCCAAACGUCGUUCAACUCCACGAGGUAGUAGGGCCUACAUUAUAUGUCAUGGCAAGCAAGACAAAAAUAUACAUCGUUCUUGAAUUUGUUCAAGGAGGAGAGCUCUUUGACAAGAUUGUUGACAAUGGGAGGUUGAAAGAAGAUGAAGCUAGGAGAUACUUCCAGCAGCUUAUUAAUGCUGUAGAUUAUUGCCACAGUAGGGGCGUAUAUCAUAGAGAUCUGAAGCCUGAGAAUCUUCUUCUAGAUUCAUUUGGUGUUCUUAAAGUUUCCGAUUUUGGCUUAAGUACGUUUUCACCUCAAAUGCGGGAGGAAGGACUCUUACAUACGACUUGUGGAACACCCAAUUAUGUGGCUCCAGAGGUGCUCAAUGAUAAAGGUUACAAUGGUGCAACUUCUGACAUUUGGUCUUGUGGUGUGAUUCUGUUUGUUCUUAUAGCUGGAUAUUUGCCAUUCGAUGAGCCCAAUGUCACAGAUCUCUAUAAGAAAAUUGAUAGGGCAGAGUUUUCAUUUCCUACUUGGUUCUCAUCUUGUGCAAAAAAGUUUCUUAAACGUAUUCUGGACCCAAAUCCUCGUACACGCAUAACAAUUCCAGAAAUUCUAAAAGAUGAUUGGUUCAAGAAAGGGUAUAAGGCACCGGAUUUUCAAGAAGAGGAAGAAGUAAAUCUUGACGAUGUUGAUGCUGUUUUCAGUGAUUCUAAGGAACAUCUUGUAAUGGAAAAGAAACAGAAACCAGAGUCGAUGAAUGCAUUUGCGCUUAUUUCACAGUCAUCUGGUUUUAAUCUUGGAAAUUUGUUUGAGCAGCAGGCGGGUGUGGUCAAGCGGGAAACAAGAUUUACUUCUCAACGCCCUGCAAAUGAAAUAAUGUCUAAAAUAGAGGAAGCUGCUAAACCUCUGGGAUUCAACGUGCAAAAACACAACUAUAAGAUGAAACUAAAGGGUGACCAAACUGGACGGAAGGGUCAUUUAUCUGUUGCAACUGAGGUUUUUGAGGUUGCUCCUACUUUCCACGUUGUUGAGCUCCGUAAAACUGGAGGAGACACAUUAGAAUUUCAGAAGUUCUACAAGAGCUUUUCUACAGGUCUCAAAGAUAUCGUUUGGAUAGCUGAAGAAAUCCCAGAACAAUGAGGCAAAUCAUCAAGAUACUAUUUCCACAACAGCUUCGAGAAGACAGACCAAAGGGCAUCUUCCAUCUGUUGUCGGCUCAAAAUUUCUCCCCUAAACCUAUUUGCCAACUUAGCAGAAGUUGCUAAGAGCCUUUGCAGAUCAAUCUACUUCUGAAGACAUUCAGUUUCUUUCUUCCGCGUGGUCGGAAUAUUUGGUAGAGAAUUCCAAUGAGAAGCUUGAGUUAUGUUAUAUUGUUACUGUGAUGUAUCUGUGUACUUGGGAGCAUGACAUUCUGAAUGUAAUUUGUGGGAAAAUAUAGCUCAUUCUUUUUUUUUGUGGAGCAAGUUCCUGAUUGGUC